GUUGAACCCUUCAGGUUCUUAUGAGGGAUUCUCUAACAGAAAAGGUUCAAAGUAAAAACCCAUAGAACCCUUAAAUUAUCCACAGAACUCUUGAGGAACCCUUUUUUUCUAAGACUGUGGGAAACAGAUAAUUAACUUUGCAUUUGCGUCUCUCAGAAUCAUUUAGAGAAAUAUAUCUAGUAUGCAGACACAGUGAUCAACAUGGCUUUUGUCCUGCAUGGCUUCACAAAUGCCAGUUUCAUAAGGAAGUGAUUCUUGACUUUUCAUUCUUAUUUUGUGCCACGAUUUCGCAAACAUGAUGCUGAAGUCAAGAAACUGGGGGUGAGUAAAAAGACCUGUAACACUGGAGUACCUGAGGAGUAAUAAGAGAUGCUAGUUUAUUUAAUUAACUACAUAAAUAAGAUGUACAAGUGAAUUGGAUUCAUGUGAAAUACAUCUGUUCCCAUAGUUCUAUUAAUAUUUCAUUUGAUUUGAUUUCAUAUUUCAUUUGAUUGGCUCAGUGGUUAAAUGAAAUGUGAAUUUCUCUCUUUUUUCCUCUACCACAAGUAAAGUUGUAAUCUAGUCUGUUUAUGUCCAAAAUUGCAUUUAAAGAUUCGAUUUGGACCAUGACACUGGGCAUCAUGGACCAACUGACAGCCAGUAUCAGAUUACUAACUGCACUGAGCAGAAUUAAGUGUAUUUUUGUAACAUUCACUGUGUGAAGAAAUCACACUUGGCUCGAAAGUUUUUAGACACCUUUAGGCAGGCUGACUGUACCUAAAGUUAUCAUUGCAGGUAGUUAAGUCAUGUUUAAUAACAUUUCCAUCAUUUUGGUGACACUUAUGUUUUUGUAAAGGUGUUAAGGUGUUAAUUUAUGUUAUAGAUAGAAUCCCCCAAUUUUGCCCGAAUUCGCCCUGUUUAUCCAACAGGAUUUCUCAGGCUGCCAAACAAUUAUUUUACUCUACUUUAAUGUACCUUGUUACCCAGAUUGAACUAGGUAAAGAGAGCAACUCUUAGUAUAGUUAUUUUUCUGGCCUUUACCUAGAGGACAUGUUGAUUACCAAAUCCAAGAAAAGAAAGGCUAAGAAGGAAAUCAAUGGAUUGAAAGAGCCGGAGAUGGAGACCUGUCUAGAGUCUACUGUUGAAAUGGAAGAGUUGGUGAGCUGUAAUCCAUCAGGAAGCAUGGAUGCUCGUUCCCCUGAGCCUCAGGACAUUCCACCACAGAAGAAGAAGAAAAAGAAGAGUAAGAAGAUGGCACAUACAUUCGCUAUGGAAAGUGAACAGCAAGACCUUGUGAAUGGAGACACACAAAUGUCACCCACAGAUAGAAAGGAAGUUACUAGGAAAUCUAGACGAAAGAGGAAAUCUAAGAUAACAGAGAAUCAGCAUAAUAACAGUGUGGACGUGGAGGACGACGAUGUUGUCACUGAUGCACAUACUUCUAUCUCUCACCGUUCUCUGUUUUCCACCCCUCUGGGUCACAGCCAGUCUCUCAGCAAAGUGUUUGUGGAGAGAAGCCGUCGGUUUCAGGCAACAGAUCGGCUGGACCUGGGCCAUGAGCAGGUGAAAGAGCUCUUGGAGGUCGGAUCCAUGUGGAACUCACGAGAUGUUGCCUUAAGAGUCCACAGUGGCUUCAGGCUCAUCGGACUCUUCUGUCAUGGAUUUCUGGCAGGUUGUGCAAUAUGGAACAUCAUUGUUAUUUAUGUGCUGGCUGGAGAGCAGCUGAAAACACUGUCAAACCUGUUACAGCAGUACCACAGCUUAGCAUACCCCACCCAGUCUCUACUGUACUUUCUGCUGGCUAUAAGCUCUGUGUCUGCCUUCGACAGGGUGAAUCUAGCCAAGGCCUCUAUGGCUCUUAGAGGGUUCCUCAUGCUUGACCCAGCAGCCCUUGCAUCAUUCUUGUACUUUGCAGCCCUUAUUUUGUCUCUGAGUCAGCAGAUGACUAGCGACCGCAUCAACCUGUACCUUAUAGCCAAUGAGUCACUGUGGCCUCCAGGCUCUGAACAUCAGAUUCUGCAACCUUGGAUUGUAGUGAAUCUGGUUGUAGCUUUACUGGUUGGACUAGCCUGGUUUUUCAUCUCCACUAGACCGGAUAUGGACUACACAGAAGAGUUCUUAAUAUCCAUGGAGAUAGAUGACUAUCUACAAUACAAGGACAAAUCAGAAAUCCCUUCCUGAAAAUCUCAGACUUAUCAGGACAACUGGAAUCAGUGUUUCCGAAGCAUAAAAUAUUUUGACAUCAGCAAGGAAGAAUCUUGACAACAAAGCAUUGUAAAAACAAAGUACUUGCUAUUUUAUUAGAAAACAGAUACACUCACAGCACAGGCUAAAACUGGGAAAACCAGGAAGUAACAAAACCCACCAGCCCUACAAACCCUGAGCUGACCAGAAUAAAGGAGUUAUGUUAAAGAUGAAUUAACAGCUUAAUAUAUGUUAAUUGAUAAAGUUAAGGCUAGCAAAAUAGGAUUUGUUACAUAAGUUAGGCUAUUUAUAUUGGUGUUUUUUUUCUGUUUUGUAUACUGUAUAUUACAUUAUAACAAAUAUAAUCACUUUAACAUGGUGGCUUAGCGGUUUGUAUGUUUUCCUUGCACCUCCAGGGAUGGGGGUUCGAUUUCCGCCUCCUCCCUGUGAGCAUGGAGUUUCAUUUUCACCCCGUGCUUUGGAGGUUUCCUUUGGGUACUCUGGUUUCCUCCCCAGUCCAAAGACAUGCCUUGAAGGCUGAUUUGUCAUCUCUAAAUUGUCUGUAGUGUGUGAAUGUGUGUGUGUGUGUGUGUGUGUGUGUGUGUGUGUGUGUGUGUGUGUGUGUGUGUGUGUGUGUGUGUGUGUGUCCUCUAUUGUGCUCUGAAUUCCCUGGCAUAGGCACCAGGCUGUGUAGGAUAAGCAUUAUAGAAAAUGGAUGGAUGGAUGGAUGGAUGGAUGGAUAAUUACUUGUUAUUGAUAAUUAUAUUUUGGUUGCUUAAUGGUUUAGUAGUAGUCAUACGCAGGCCUGACCAAUGUGAUCAAGAGAUACAUUCACAAAUUUCACUUGAUUGUGAAUAAAAGACAUGUGUUUCACUAUUUGUUCAUCAGAUUCAUCUUUGCUUGAAUGAUAUUGCACCUCACUUGUAAAAGCAUCAGUCAAACAAACAAACAAUCAAACAAACAAACACAUACAUACAUACAUACAUACAUAUAUCCAUAUAUACAUACUGCAUACAUGCAUGCAUAAAUGAAUGAAUGAAUGAAUGAAUGAAUGAAAAUGUGAAUCUAAAUUGCAAUUGUCACCAGGAGUGAUAUUUCAAAAGUUUUCAAAAUAGGCAAUUAUAGGGCAGAAUAAAAUAGAGCAAGAUAUGAAAAUGAUAAAACAAGAUUUUUUAUUUUUUUUUAACUUGCAGCAGGGGCUCCUUCCAAAGUAAAAGACUUUCCAAGGACCCCCUUAUAAUCACAGCACAGAUUUCAUUUGGAGAUCUUUUGGAAUAGGACAACUAUCUACCUUAUUAUAUGAAUUGAUUCGAGCCGUUAAAAAUGUAUGUAUUUAUUUAUUUAUU